GCCGGAGAUGUAAAUAGACACGCGUGUCCUGCCGAUGGUCUGUGUUACCGCAUUUGUCCAGCCAAAACAUGCCGAAGGCAGGGAAAGGGAAACCGUCUCAGAAGGAGAAGGUGUGUCAUCCGUUCAGCAGGAAGGCUGCUUAUCUGGCCAGCCAGGAGAUACGCCUGGGCAAGAAGGACCGACAGAAAAGUGAGAAGGCCGCUCGUCUCAACAACAUGGGUGAGAAGCUCCUGUGGUUUCAGAGUCAGCUGGAUCCGGACAGGACAGAGUUCACCAAAGAGGAUGCCUGUCAGUUUAUAGAGAGGUACCUACACAGGUUUGACAGUGAACUGGAGCAGAUAGAGCUUGUGAAUGGGAUCAAAGGUCGUCAGGGUCGUCUCCAUGGCAGCAGGGAGGCCGUCAUCAAACAGACACUGGAGAGGGAGACCGCUCUAUACCACGGCAAUGGCUUCGAGAUUCCAGACAUCAUCAACUCCAAACAUCUUAACACCUUCAGGGAGUGGAGUGGUGAUCUGAAGAAGCUACCAAACAUUAAGCUGAGAAAGAUCUCAUCUAAAGGAUUGGACCGAACGGGAGGAAAAGAUGAAAAAAGUGGAAAGGAGGAAGAUGAUGAUGGCUUGGUGGAAGACUCAGAUUCAGAGACCAAGGAAGAUGACACAUAAUGCAUUGUGUGUUAGAAUUCUGGGGAUUUCAGCUGACUGGCAUUGUUAAACACCAGUUUGUGUUUUUUUUGUUCUUUAUUUGCUGUACUUGUGAGGCCCAAAAGUCUCGGAAAAACAGUAAAACGUGAACAUGUUGAGACAUUUCUUUUUCUGAAGAAUGGGUUUGGUUGAGUUUGAAAAAAAGAGAUGAUAUUGAAAAGGUGUGCGUGUGUGUAAUAAACAUUUUGGCUCCUG